AUGGGGCAUAUUCUGGACGUAUUUCAUGGGAUUAUUUCUGCUAUUAUUUUGAACUGUUUUCUGGGAGUACUGUUCGUUUUAUCCUUAUGGCAUAACUAUGUAACUGUCCAUGUGAAAAAACUCUUUGAUCCAAGAGAUACAAGAUCGUCUCAUACAAACAUUAAACCACCAAACAACAAAAGAUAUCCCACAAGAAGAUAUCAGAAGGGGAGGAAUCCCUCUUUUUCUUCCAUAUCAUCGGAAACUCCUCUAGAUUUGGAGGAUGAUGAAGAGAACCAUAUCGAAUACGACCAUACUAUUACUACAGCAGCAUCAAAUCCACACACAUCAUCACACCCAAUUACUUCGCAGGUUAAGUACAGUCAACAGGAGAAUCCGUUUGCCGACAUAUUAACAAAUGAAGACCGAAAACUAGUUCCUGAUUUGAAGUAUUACUAUCGCCAGUACGGCAUUGAUAUUGAAGAGUUUGAAGUUGAAACAGACGACGGGUUUAUUAUUGAUCUCUGGCACUUAAAAUCCUUGAAGACAGAAGGUAAAAAUAAGAAGGAUACAUAUCCAAUUCUGAUGUUACACGGCCUUUUACAGAGCAGUGGUGCAUUUGCAUCAUGCGGCAGGAAAUCGUUAGCAUAUUUUUUACAUGAUUCAGGUUACGAUGUUUGGUUAGGAAACAAUCGGUGCGGAUUAAAGGCCAAAUGGAAUAUGGAAAAGCUUGGCAAUGAUAAGAAAAAGAAGUGGGAUUGGGAUCUAAACGAAAUGGUCAAGUAUGAUUUGAAGGCUUUGGUGGAAUAUACUCUAGCCCAAACCAAAUUUGAGAAACUAACAUUAGUUUCACAUUCACAAGGUACCACACAAGGGUUUAUGGGCUUAGUUAAUGGGGACAACCUAUACGAUGAUAGGUUCAAAUUAAUCGACAAGCUGGAAAAUUAUGUGGCUUUGGCGCCAGCAGUUUAUCCAGGACCACUUUUGGAUGAGAAAGCAUUCGUUAAAUUUAUGGCCCUAGGUAUAGACAACCCAUGGGUAUUUGGAACUAAAUCAUUUAUUCCUAUGAUGAUGGCUAUGCGAUCACUUAUGGUGGGUUCGAAACUAUUUUCAUUUUUCUCCUAUAUUAUGUUUAACUAUAUGUUUGAUUGGAAUGAUGUACUUUGGGACAGAAUCCUAAGAGAUCGUAAUUUUCUGUUUUCUCCUGUUCAUAUAUCUGUUAAGCUAAUGCAAUGGUGGCUAAGUUCAGAUCCUACGAAAACAAGCUUUAAACAUAAUUCUGAAAAGAUUUUUCCGGAUAACGAAAUAUGGUUUCCUGUAGAUGGACAGACACCAGGUGCUGACGUUUCUUUCCAGGCACCUGGUAAACAGCGAACAAAAGAUAAGAUUCCGAAUAUCUUGAUGUUUAUACCGAGGCAAGACAGAUUAGUUGAUGGAGAGAGGUUAAUAAAUCAUUUUAUUCAUCAUGAGUCACAUGAUAUUUUCAACAUUUGGUACAUUGACGAAUAUUCACAUCUUGAUGUUCUUUGGGCACACGAUGUUAUUGAGAGGAUUGGGGAACCAAUGAUCAAGCACUUAAGAGAACCUACUGAAAAGGGUAAUGGAUUUGAAAGCUAA